UUCGAAAUCAGAGUUACAGGCUGUACGUAUAAGCGGUAAAAAGUGUCAAAACUCUUCCUGCAAACUCAGUAAGACGAAAGGGUGAAUUAAUAUCAUCUGGCAGCUCGGUUUUCUGCUCUCAAUCUUGAUAAAAACCUUACUAGUUCUGGACAAUCAGAAAGGCCUUCGUGCCAAAGAUAUGUUUGUAUUGGAGACAUGAAGAUAUCACAUGCGAAGUUCUUGGUAACAUUUUUAUUUUACAUCGACACUACGUUGCCAGAAACUAUCAAAAUUAUCAGGACUCUAGAUCGGCCAAAUGGGAAACGAAAAUGGUGGAAAAAUGGCGUAGACUCGUUUGACAUACCUCAGUCGGUAUGUUACGGAGAAAACAGUGAAUAUGGGAAUUAUUGCAAUACGUCGUGUUCCAUAGAUGAAAAAGGAAAUCACGGUCGUUACUUGUGCUCCUGCUCCCAGAAAAAUUCAACAUUAACAUAUUUUGAAAACAGAUGGAGAUGCCUGGAAAAUAAAGAGGUGCGAAAAGAACUCGGCUGUGAGGUAAAUGCGACCUUAUUUGCUGGUGAAAUGACGAAACACAAUUUACGCACGCUCAGCCCUGUGGCUAAUAUUCCGAGGAAAACAAAGCUGAGAAAUCCUGAGGGCUUUUGUACUAUAAAUAUCAGUUCUUCCUGGUUCAUCGGAUGUCAUGGUAAAAAGGUUCUUGGACUUCACUCCAAUAGAACAAAGGAAAUGUUUCUUCUUCAGCGGACUCCUGAAAACAAAUCGACUAAUAGGCCUUACUUCAUUAAGGUUGAUAACACAGUUGAUCACAUUUUCCGAGGAAGGGUCAUCAACCUGGGCAUCACGUGCAAUCCGCCGAUCCCUAUCGCGGAAGGCUGUCUCAUAUUCAAACUAGAGGGAAGCUUUACAUGUCCUGUAGAUAGAUCAACUAAGCCCAUCUUUUUGUCAACGAUAUAUCCUACUACUUCAUCUGUAGCAGUAACCAUUCUGUCUACGACGUAUUUAGAGAAAGCUGGCGUAUCGGUAACUAUUGAUCCAACUCAGACAUAUUUAGAGAAAGCUACUCCAUCAGCAACACUUGAACCUACUCUGGCCACCCGACCCGUUUCAGGAGGAAAACAGAAGAAUGAUGACGUCAGCUCGUCCUCUCAGCCAGGGAUCAUAGCAGGAGUGACUGUUUUCGGGGCACUUGUGUUGUUACUAGUUGCUAUACUUUUUAUCUGUCGAUGUCGCAGAUCAAGAAAGAACACUCAUACAAGUACCUCUGAUCAAACCAACCAGGAAUCAUGUACAGUGUCAAGGAAUGCGAAGACGAACUCAGAGUUGGAGUUGGAGGAAAAUGACGGUUACGAAACCUGAGAGGAGCCAUUAACAUGUAGGCCGAUACAUUCAAUAGGCUGGUUACAAAUGACCUAUAUCUGUUACUUCCUUUCCUUCCUUUUUUGGCUGGAAAACCAUACAGCGUAUCAUAAUAUCAAGAACUACGCUUAUACUUGUUGUAAGGCACCGUUAAGUCCUCCCUUCUGAACUGCAUUUACCCAAUAUCAUACUUUGGGCGUGGCUCAGUCUCUCUUGAGGUCGCUGUUCGUGCGUAACUCUAAUAGCCGCUAUUAUAAAGGAGACUACGACUAACGACAUGAAACGAGGGUAAGGGGGGGGGGGAUCAAGCAUCAACAUCAAUAAGGCUCCCUGCAGGUCAGUGAGAAUUGGAGUGAACUAUCACUCUGUAAAAUGGUCUUUUAAUUAGUCACUCGGUGGUUUUUACAGAGUUAUUAUGUACCUCUAAUAUGCUUACUGUUACAAAUAGUGAUAUUAAUUUAUGCUGUGAUAUCCUUUCAGCAAUUUAUGCUUCUAGAUACAAUGUUCCUCAGCAGCAGGUUUUACAAAGACCAUCACGCAACCUAAAGACCGGCUCAUUAGAGGGAAACUCUCAUUUAGACAGUACAUACGCUGCGCUAAAUA